GUUGUCGACUAUUUAUAUAUAAAAAUCUUUUGUUAUUUUGUUUCCUAGUGAGGUCGUGUGCUCCACCGAUAAUAUACUUAAAAAGAUAUAAUUAUUAACUCAUCGUGGUUCAGAAUGACGGCUGAAGUGGAAGGUUCAGUCGUCGUCACGGAGCCUGGAGGCCCUGCUGCAAAAGCAGAAGAAGCAACAGGAGUGGAACCAGGAGGUUCCGGUGCUCCCUCAACGCUGGGACAAAAGGUGAUGGACUUCGUCAUCGAAAACCAAGCGCAAUGGCUGUCUGGUAUCACAGUAGCCCUAGCGAUGAUACCAGAAGCCGUAGCAUUCUCCUUCGUGGCGAAGGUGGAGCCGCCAGUAGCACUCACAGCAGCAUGGAUUAUGUGCUUUUUGACUGCGACAGGGGGUGGAAGACCUGGUAAGAUGAGGUUUGAUGAUUCGGUUUUUACUUUUUGUUUUGAACAUACAAUCAGAAUCGAUCAAAAAUGACAGUUGCGAGGACGGUCGUUCUCGUUUUUACGAUCAUCGAACGACCUGGAUAAAUACAAUCGCCCUACUAGUUCUAUUAGCUAGCCUACAUCUACAACCCAUUUGUUAUUGUUUACAGGUAUGUUUUCCGGUACAACCCAAUACCAGGUAUGAUUUCCGGUGCCACAGGUUCGAUGGCUGUUAUCAUGACAACCAUCGUCGUGGACCAUGGCAUAGCCUAUCUCUUCUACGCCGUCAUGCUCUGUGGAAUCUUCCAGAUAGUACUGGGCUUUUGCGGCAUUCACAAAGCCUUGAGUCUGGUAACGUUUCCAGUGAAGGUGGGGUUUUUGAUUAUGAAGACGGGAACUAGUACUAAAGACAAAACUCUUAUUGUUCUGAAAUUUAGCUGACACUGAUGUUCAUUUAAGGUUCUUCAGCGGCAGGGAGUGUAUCCUCAAGCAAUGCAACAAUUUUUCGUAAAUAAUUUCGAAUCAUGGAUCCAACCAAGCUUUCUCGUCUAACAUGAAUGGCCUCGCUCUCGUGAUCGGAAAAUCGCAGCUAGAAAGCUUUAUGAUCCCACCUGGGGAUAUCACCACGAAAACCGAACACUUCGACGUGAUAGACUUUACCCUAGCGACCAGCAACUACGUCAAGGCUGGCAAAUUUCUGGUCAUGCUUGUCCUCACCGCCAUUGCCUUGGGCAUCAACUUCUUGCCAGAGCGAUUCCAGAAAUACCCAUUAGCUCUGAUCUCCAUCAUAGUAGUGACGAUCAUCGAGCAUGCGAUCGUGAGGCCUCUCAACAUCGUGGAUGGCGGAACUACGCUUAUCGAUGAUAUUGCCAGUCUCAAGGGGAACUUUUUGGAGAUUGUGUUCUCCAAAUACGAUAUGCCGAGUCCGUUUGAAGACGGUGCAGCAUUGGUUAGCGUUAUUCUCACAGCGAUCUAUCUCUGCGUUAUUGGUUUGACCGAGUCUCUGAUGACCUUGCAGAAGAUAGACGAAAUGCUCCCAGAGUCAGAGCCAGGUGAUGCAAAGAGGGAAGUUUUGGCACAAGGGUAUUCGUCUUGGGAUAUCAUUGUAAGUAGUUGCGCUGAGUAAUUCUAAUCGCAGUUUAGCAUGAUAUAACUAGGUCUUUUUCUUGCAUUAACACGUAUCAUCUCAAUUCUACCCACUAUCAAUCCCCACAGCGGCUCCAACCUCAUCUGCGGCUUCUUCGGGUCAAUGGGUGGUUGUGCGAUGAUCGGACAGAGUAUGAUCAACGUCAGAAAUGGGGGAGUGAAAAGAUUAGCAGGCGUCACAGCAGGAGUCGGCACAAUGCUCAUUAUGGUCGGAAUCCACGGCGUGAUGGGAAUAGUGCCAGUUGCAAGUUUAGUGGGAGUUAUGUGGUACUUGUUAGACUUAGAUCUCGUUCUCGAUUUUUUGUUCUUUAUGGUGGAAUUCUUGAUGGAUCUUACUAUUUUGAUUUGGCAUUUUUGCCUACCUAUGCGUUAUCUUCGCGUAUCUAAAUCUAUGCUUAUUUUUAUCAUAUCAGAUAAACUGUGUUUUUCUAACCAAAUACAAGAAGAAACUGAAAGUGUGUCGUGUGCGUGAUGCAUCACAAGAACUGCUUCUCCUUUAAUCCACUUCAGGUGUGUCACCUACCAUACCUGGGAAAAGCGAAGUCAUAUCCUGUUUUACGAAGCCUUUACCGGGAAGCCCUGGUCAGCCGUAGAAGUGGAUAUCAUAACGACACCCACAGUGUCACCGAUGAUUAUGGCGGGGGGACGAAGAUCACAAUUUUUUCGAGUAGAGUAUGCAAGAGCAGGACCACACAACGUCGACAUGGACAUCAUCAUGUUGAGAGCAGAUAAGAUAUAAUAGGUGGUGAUAUAGAUUUCUUCAGAUAAAGAUAAUCUUUCUACAACAACAAGUAGAACAACUUUUUUGUUUUUUCUAAAUCACCAACCACCCAAGUUGCUCCAUUUCUACAACAACAACUUUUUGUUUUUUCUAAAUCACCAACCACCCAAGUUGCUUCAUUUCUACAACAACAACUUUUUGUUUUUUCUAAAACACCAACCACCCAAGUUGCUUCAUUUCUACAACAACAACUUUUUGUUUUUUCUAAAACACCAACCACCCAAGUUGCUCCAGACGCCCCUUUGCCGGCUAG